GAGGAAACCAUCAUGAAGUGUAUAAAUACUAGUCCAGCUCCAGGCUGCUCACAACAGAGGAAAGACAUUUCAGAGAGGAGAACAGAGAAAACACUAUGGGCCUUUUGACAGGUGUAGCAAUUGCAGCAGGUGCAGCAGGGACUGUGGUCGCGGCCCCUGCUGUUCUUGCGGCUGUAGGUUUCACCUCAGCUGGAAUUGCAGCAGGUUCCAUCGCUGCUAGUAUGAUGUCGGCUUCUGCAGUGGCUAGCGGAGGUGGAGUGGUAGCCGGAAGUGCAGUGGCUAUUUGUCAAUCAAUAGGUGCAGUUGGUCUGUCGGGGGGCGCUGCAGCUGCGAGCGGCGGGGUGGGGCUGUUGUUAGGCCUCCUUAUCUGAAUAAUCAACAAUUGGUCACCUUGUUAAUCUAAUGAAGCAAGUGAUGAAGCAGCAUGUUUAUGUUCUGAUAUGUUUGGAAAGUUGUCUGGUUUGCAGUUGCCUGACAUGAUGUUUCAUUGUUUGAAUCUUACAUCUCCGAAAAUAAAAGCAACCGAGUUAAAACACA